UUAAGCCUGUUGGAAAUCUCGCGAUGGAGGGAGGAGGAGGUGUACCCCUAGAGGCACUUAAAGAAGAAAGCCAGUCAAGACAUAUUCUACCUGCAAGUUUUGAAGCCAACAGUUUGCAGAAAAGCAACUGGGGGUUCUUACUUACUGGGCUUGUGGGCGGGACCCUGGUAGCUGUGUAUGCUGUAGCCACGCCGUUUAUAACGCCAGCCCUUCGAAAAGUCUGUUUGCCGUUUGUACCUGCAACUACAAAGCAGAUUGAAAAUGUAGUGAAAAUGUUGCGAUGCAGAAGAGGAUCCCUUGUAGACAUCGGUAGCGGCGAUGGACGCAUUGUCAUAGCGGCUGCAAAGGAAGGGUUCACAGCAGUUGGUUAUGAAUUAAAUCCAUGGCUAGUUUGGUACUCCAGAUACCGCGCUUGGCGAGAAGGUGUGCAUGGUUCUGCCAAAUUUUAUAUUUCGGAUUUGUGGAAGGUUACUUUUUCGCAGCACUCGAACGUUGUUAUUUUCGGUGUGCCUCAGAUGAUGCUGCAGCUGGAGAAGAAACUUGAACUUGAACUUCAGGAUGAUGCAAGAGUCAUUGCUUGCCGGUUCCCUUUCCCACACUGGACCCCGGACCACGUCACUGGGGAGGGGAUAGACACGGUGUGGGUGUAUGACGUGAGCACUUUUAGAGGCCGUGAAAAGAGGCCCUGAACAUCGAUGCCCUUCCAGCCGGCCAUUCUGGCAUAAACUUUACUGAGAGUGCUUUUCUGAAAUGUUGGUCAUCUUCCCUGAUCUGAUAGAGACUUACAGCUGUGUCUUUAGCAAAGGAGCACAAUUGUCUUUGGUUUGGAAUGGGAAAUUACUAUUAGUUGCCGUAACUUUUGGAGAAAACAAACAGAAGGCAAACAGGUAGAUUUAAAAUCCGCUUUUGAUGCCUUCUUUUUUCUUAAAAAAUGUAUUUACUGGCUUUUCAUGGACCUGGAUGCAGAAAAUUUGAGUAAGUGAUGGUCAUGCUUAUGGGUAGAAAAGAUAUCAACUGCUCUUCACAUUAUAAACGAUAUGGCUUAGUGCCACCAUAAGGAGAAAUGAUUUUUAAAGACGGUAUAUUAUUACCAAAUGUUUGCAGUGUCCUAUAACUUUGUUCAUACUUAAGUUUUAUCUCUUUCCUUUUUGUACUUCAAAAUUAAUUUUCUAAAGGAUUCAGAGAGGUGUUUAUAUUUUAUAACAUUUAUUAGAAAUAAUUUGUUCCACCACCAGAUUACUGUAUUUUAGUUUAUCUAAGAUGUAUAUGUGUACAUGUAUGUGUAAAUGUAAGCCUGACCUGAAUUCAGAUUCCUGUUUUGUCAUCGGCAAGAGGCCCUCGACCUGUGACUUACUGCCUCUGAGCCUUGGCUUCCUGUGUGUCCCUGCCACUGGGAUAAUGGUACACGUAACAGUGGAUGGGGUACCAGUUUGUGAAACUCAUGGCACCUAGUCUUGGUCCAUAAAUUGUGUUUGUUAUUUUAGACACUGAAAAAAAGCUUAUUCACAGAAGCUUUUUCUGGUAGUCACUUUUUUAUUUCUUGAGAGCUCCCAUUUAUUUAAUAUUUCUCAUUUAGGAGAAGAGACUUGACUGAUUUAGAUAAAAGAGGAAUUAACGAAAACCUUUGAACAUGAGUGGACAAGCUUCAUAUAUCUGUAAAGUGAAUAUUGAGUGGUAAUUUGAAUAAUUCAUGCUUAUCACAGAAAAGAAUUGAACUCUCAGUCAUACACCUGUAACCAAAAUAUCAAACUGUCUUAAUGGAGAUGUAAUGAAGUAAGAUAAUUGCAUCUUUAAACUUAUAAAAAUAUGGUCGGUU